AUGAAAACUUGCUUGUUCUGCUGUAUGUCCGAGAGACGAUUUACCAGACGAUCAUCAUCGAGACAAAGCAUCAAAGAAUUUGACAACAUCUCUUUUAAAACAGAUAGUAGUAGGCGAAGAUACAUAUACGACGAGAUAACAAAACUCGGGAGAAGGAACAUCAGUGCUCAGAUCUUUACAUUCAAAGAUCUUUGCGUCGCCACCAAGAACUUUGACCCUGAGAAUCAGCUCGGUGAAGGCGGUUUCGGAAGGGUUUACAAAGGGUACAUAGAAACCAAUGAUAAGGUUGUUGCAGUUAAGCAACUAGACAGGAAUGGCUACCAAGGGAACAGAGAGUUCCUUGUUGAAGUCAUGAUGUUGGGUCUCUUACAUCAUCAAAACCUUGUUAAUUUGGUUGGUUAUUGCGCAGACGGUGAUCAACGGAUUCUUGUCUAUGAAUAUAUGCAAAAUGGCUCAUUAGAAGAUCAUCUUCUGGAAUUGGUGCGGAACAAGAAGAAGCCGUUGGAUUGGGACACAAGGAUGAAAGUUGCAGCAGGAGCAGCGAGAGGGCUUGAGUAUCUACACGAAACAGCUGAUCCUCCUGUGAUCUAUAGAGACUUCAAGGCCUCCAACAUAUUGCUUGACGAAGAAUUCAACCCGAAGCUUUCGGAUUUCGGUUUAGCCAAAGUCGGUCCGACCGGUGGAGAGACUCACGUCUCGACCAGAGUGAUGGGAACGUACGGCUACUGUGCGCCUGAGUAUGCUCUCACCGGACAGCUCACUGUGAAGUCCGAUGUGUACAGCUUCGGAGUAGUGUUCUUGGAGAUGAUCACAGGAAGAAGAGUGAUCGACCCGACAAAACCAACUCAAGAAGAGAAUCUAGUGACUUGGGCGAGUCCAUUGUUUAGAGAUAGGAGAAAGUUCACGCUAAUGGCGGAUCCUUUGCUUGAAGGGAAGUACCCGAUAAUAGGAUUGUAUCAAGCGCUUGCGGUUGCAGCCAUGUGUCUUCAAGAAGAGGCAGCAACGAGACCAAUGAUGAGUGAUGUGGUUAGUGCGCUCGAGUACUUAGCUAUGGCCAAAGACAAAGUAGAUGGAGAAGCUGUAGAAGACAAGGACAGAGAAGAAGAAGAGGAAAAAUCUAAGAUUUAA